GGGGGGGGAGAGAUAUCAGGGAGGGGAGGCUUGAGGUAGGUGGAGGGUGGGUGGGUGAGGAUGGAGAGGAAGGUGGUGGUGGUUUGCGCCGUGGUGGGCUUCCUCGGCGUGCUCUCGGCGGCGCUCGGCUUCGCGGCGGAGGGAACCCGCGUCAAGGUUUCAGAUGUGCAAACAAAUUCUCCAGGUGAAUGCAUAUACCCAAGAAGCCCAGCCUUAGGCCUUGGGUUAAUAUCUGCUGUCACCCUUGUGGUUGCCCAGUGUAUUAUAAAUACAGUUGCUGGUUGCAUCUGUUGUAAGAGGCAUCCGGUUCCCUCGGACACAAAUUGGAGUGUAGCUCUGAUCUCGUUCAUCGUAUCUUGGGUCACUUUUAUAAUCGCGUUCCUUCUCCUGCUGACUGGAGCCGCACUGAACGACCAAAGAGGCGAGGAGAACAUGUACUUCGGCAGCUUCUGCUAUGUCGUCAAGCCAGGGGUCUUCUCAGGAGGAGCGGUGCUUUCCCUUGCCAGCGUGGCUCUGGCGAUAGUUUACUAUGUUGCCCUGACAUCAUCGAAAAGCCCCCCAAGCUGGGGACCUCAGCCAAACCAAGGCAUCGCCAUGGGCCAACCUGUGAUCCCGCCGCAGAGCAGCGAGCCAGUGUUCGUCCAUGAGGACACCUACAACCGGCAGCAGUUCCCAUGAUCAGGAGUUCACCUAUCUAAGUCGUUCUGAGGGCCACUCUCAUGUGUUAUCUUAUUAUGCUCCCGUGUUUGGUCUGUAUAGGCUUGGAGGUUAGAACAAUAGCUGUUACCAUGCUAUUAGCUAGGCUGAGGAUUUUUCUUUUGAUGGCCUUUUCUUUAUCGGGUGCGGCAUGCCUGUUUCAUCACCAUGGAUCUUUGAUUUCAAAUGAACUGGGUAAUGUUGAAGUUGAUUAUCUUGCUUGUCUGAAA